AUGUCUGCUAGAAAACGCCACAGUGGAGCAGAAACCUAUGGAGAAGAAGAGGUAGACAAUGCUGACAUAGAUGAGUAUGGCCCUCAUGUAUGGUAUGGCGACGAUUAUUGGAAGAUCGGAGACUUGGCGUGGUGGGAUAUUCCGUGGAUUCAAAGACCACUGAUCGGGCAGCUGGUAUUGGACGAUGGAACGAGCAUCGACCUCAGGGAAGGAGAUCUCCCCAACAGAAAUCCUUACAAUCCGGACCCUUCCUUGUUCGCAAAGAAAGACUUCUGGCACAACUUCACUGUGAGCAUCCAGAAAAGAGACAGAUCCUCCCUGUUGGAUGCGCCGGAAGAUGAUUACGAUACCUGGGUUGCAACCUUCGACAAAAUGUUGGACCGGAAGAUUCGAUGGGAGAGGAAAACUCCACAAGCUUCCGACACGAAUGCAACGGAGAGACAACUACUUACAAAGUUGACUCUCUUGACAGCAAAGAUGGACUGGAUUGUCAAUUACUCAGGGACUGUCCCGAUGCCAGAACCUGUGAGGCUGAGAGAGGGAGAGUUUGAGGACAUCACUCCGUACAUGCCGGACGAAGUUGAUGCUGUACUGGAUGACUUGUCUGUCGACGAGAUGCACAAGAUGCUAUGGGAGUUUUCCAAGUUUGGUAGAGUGAAGAGUAUCGCUACACUUUGCGAGGCAGGGGCCGAUCCGAACGCUGUCAACGAAUUCAGCUGCACAGCAAUGCACUAUGCUGCAAGAGAGGGAUGGAGUCCGACGAUUGAGGUUCUCUACAAGUUCGGAGGAGACUUGAAUGUCAAGAAUGAGAUUGAAAUGACUCCCUUGCAUUAUGCUGCGUACAACAAUCGCACAGCUGCUGUGUGGGCACUUCUAAGGUGUGGAGCGGAGAUUUCUGUUCGAAACUACUUCAACUUCACGGCAUUGGAGCUUGCAAGCAUCCAUAACUUCAAGCAGAUCGUGUCUCUGCUGGAAAGCUGGGGCAACGAGGGGGCAAUGAAUCAGUGGGAGCAGCGCUACGGGGACAUGUUCCGCCGAUCUCACGACCCUGUGAACUUCAACCCGCUGAUAAGAUAUGAAGAUGAAGGUGACUCCGCCGAGGCGAGGAAGGCCAAGGAAGCCGAGGGAGAGAGGGUCGUGUAUGAGUCGGAGGAGUCGAAGGAGCAGAGCAGCGAACAACUGUUGGGCGAUACCGGCAGCUCCGGCUCAAGCUACGACGAGAACACCACCUAUGGACUCCUCACGCAAACGCUCAAGGAAAUGAAUGAGAGGGAUUGA